GAGCACCCGCAGCCCCAGGCCCAGGGCGGCGUGGCCGGAGCGGGCGGGGGUCCUGAUGCAGGCCCGAGGGGGGCCAUGGGGCAGGUCCUGCCGGUCUUCGCCCAUUGCAAAGAAGCUCCAUCUACAGCAUCUUCUACCCCUGAUUCUGCAGAAGGAGGGAAUGAUGAUUCGGAUUUUCGGGAGCUCCACACAGCCCGGGAAUUCUCAGAGGACGAGGAGGAGACCACAUCACAGGAUUGGGGCACCCCCCGGGAGCUGACCUUCUCCUACAUUGCUUUUGACGGUGUCGUGGGCAGUGGGGGACGUAGGGACUCUGUUGCCCGGCGCCCUCGGCCCCAGGGUCGCUCAGUAUCCGAACCAAGAGACCUGCCCCCACAGCCCAACCUGGGGGACAGCUUGGAGAGUAUCCCCAGCCUGAGCCAGUCCCCUGAGCCUGGACGCCGUGGGGACCCCCCUCAGGCCCAGUGUUCCCUGGAGGACCUGAGGCUUCGGCUAGACCAGAUGGGCUGGGCUGCUCGCUGUGCUGGGUCUGGGGAGGACUCGGCCACCAGUAGCUCCACCCCACUGGAAGAUGAGGAACCCGAAGGACUGGAUGUAAGAGAGGCUGGUGAAGAAGUGGACCCACAACUCCAUUUCCCUCCGUUGUCACCUCUGGAGGUCUUGACCCCUCAGCUUACUCCCAGAUCUGGGACCCUCCGGGUCCAUACUCCAUCCCCACCUACAUCCCGAGAUUCGAACUCUGGGCCUGAUGAACCUUCGCCUGCCAAGGAGGAUGAGCCAUGGGGGCCAUCGGAGCAGGAACCAGUCGCAGGACAGUGCCUCAAUAUCAGGAGCCAAUCAGAAUUCACACUGGAGCCACACCUACUAGUGGCGGACCUGCUGUACUGGAAGGACUCCCGGACAUCGGCGGUGGUCUUCACUGGCCUCAUGGUCUCCCUCCUCUGCCUCCUGCACUUCAGCAUCGUGUCCGUGGCCUCGCACGUGGCUCUACUGCUGCUCUGUGGCACCAUCUCUCUCAGGGUUUACCGCAAAAUGCUGCAGGCUGUGCACCGGGGCGAUGGAGCCAACCCCUUCCAGGCGUAUCUGGACGUGGAUCUGACCCUGACCCCAGAGCAGAGGGAACGUCUGUCCCACCAGAUCGCCUCCCACGUGGUCUCUGCAGCCAAGCAGCUGCGACAUUUCUUCCUGGUAGAAGACCUGGUGGAUUCUCUCAAGUUGGCCCUGCUCUUCUACAUCUUGACCUUCGUGGGGGCGGUCUUCAAUGGUUUGACUCUUCUCAUUCUGGGAGUGAUCGCUUUGUUCACAGUCCCGCUGCUGUAUCAGCAGCACCAGGCCCAGAUAGACCAGUAUGUGGGUUUGGUGACCAAUCAGUUGAGCCACAUCAAAGCUAAGAUCCGAGCUAAAAUCCCAGGGACCGGAGCCCUUGCUUCAACAGCAGCCUCAGUCUCCGGAUGCAAAUCCAAAGCCGAAUGAGAGGACAUCUGUGCUCGCUCAUGGGAUGCCUGGCUUGCCCCUCCCCCAGCAGCCCCUGUCCCCAUCUCCUCCCCCCAUCCCCAUCCAUCCCCCACUUUCUCCUCCCUCGCCCCAAGCCAGUUCCUGGUAGGUGUCAGGAUCUCUCCCACUGGGGACUCUGCACCAAGUGUCUAAGCCACUAGGACUACAUUUCCCAAGAGGCUCUACGCCAGGAGUCCAGGAAAGACAACGCACCUUGGUCGUGGGACCUGCUGGGACUUGUAGUUGUCUAGCCAGGGCAUGGUCCCGCACUUCCGUGACCAGCCGCUGGAGGCGCCACAAGGGGUUGGUGUCUUCUGGACGACGCCAGGCUGGGGCUUUGCAUGGGGCCCAGGCGAGGCCUGAGCUUGG